UUUUCUUUUGAGUUUCAGAUGUUGAUCAUCCUUGACUCGUGACUCUCACUUGGAUUCAAUAUCUAUAUAGUCAAUCCCAAAUCCUCCCUCUGGCUUCUCAUCUUCUUUCAAUCAUCAUUCCAACUGCUUUCAACACUUUCUACUACCACUUGUAUAUCUUUGCUUCUUGUGAACAAGAGCUUUGAUCUAUAUAUACUAUCAUCUCCCUCUACCAUACUUCAGUCCAAGAUGCAUCGGUCUUCCAAUUACUCAUACCAACAAACCUCGAGCUCGAGGAGCUCCAAUCAUGGAACCAGCAGCGCGUUCAGCCCCAAUGCCAACCCCAAUGAGGACUGGACCAAGAUCUCAGACCUUGCAGAGCGUCGCCGGAUACAGAAUCGCAUUGCUCAGAGAAAAUACCGCAAGAAGCUAAAGCGUCGCCUCGAAGACUUGGAGAAGAGAGCCGCAACUGCUUCGACAUCUCCAGAACGGUCACACGAGGGCUCGGAGUCGCCGAAGGCCGUGGUGCACACUGUCAAGUCCCGCACCAAACAGGCUCGCACAACCAAGUCUAGCUCAGAUGCAAACCGUCACACCUCCGCGCAACGAGGCUCUUCCUAUGACAGCCACUCCACCCAGGAAGAUCGCGGAUCAUCGAUGUUUUCCCAGCAAUGCACCCGACAGCUCUCAGCCUCGCCGCCUCCCGUGUUCUCUUACCCCUCAUACUCCCACUUGGAAUCCUAUGGUCACCACUCGUACGGACAGCCACCUUCCUAUCACUCUCUCAACAACCACUACAAUGACCUCCCAUAUGGAGAGUACGGAACAACGCUGCCUUCGAUCCUGCCUGGUCCGAUACUCGGAUCGGGCGCAAAGAAGCACCACUCGUACGCCGAUGACGAGAUUGUCAGCCCCUUCAGUAUGAGCUAUGCAUCCAUGGCUGGCAUUGAUCUGGGCCCGACGCCGCAACACCUUCCAGAGCACAACAUUCCUGUACAUGCCCCUCUCUCUACGUGAUGCCGGUCUGUGCAAGAAGUACCAGGGUUAGCGGAGCUAAUACCGUCUUUCAGAUGCCACCUCUGUCUUCAGUCUACAGCGAUGAUCAUUCCUCCCCUUCCACCCCAGCAGAGCCUUUACUGCAUUAUCCUCUUACACCGAAGUCGGACCCGUGUUCCCCCAACUCAUACCCGCUGUUCUGAUUUGAUGUUGUUUCUUUCUGGAAGCUAGGUGGUGGUACUUCGUUUUCUUCUUCUUAUUUCUUUCUCCUUGAUUAUUUUUAUUUUUUCACCCCAUGAUUCACCCCACUCUCGCCCCUCUAAUGACAGUUAUGAUGUAUUAUCGAGUCCCGGUUGGAUGUAACCGCACGAUUCACUUUUAUUCUUUUUCUAUGUUUUCUUUGUUUGCGAUCGAUGCUUUUUAUUCCCUUUGUGAGCCCCUUUCUCUUCUUCUUCCUAUUAUUCCCUUCCAGAGGAAUAUCUUUUGUGGACUGCGCUCGAGAAUGGACCCCACCCUGGGUCCAGCGCAUUGCUUUGAGGUUUAUUUGGUUUGCGCAAGCCGAUAGAUGCAUGUUUUUGCGGCGUUCAUGAUGAAAUUGAGGGGGAGUGGGGGGGAGGGGG